AUGGCUCCCAUCAAUUCCAUCCUGCCGAGACAAUCAAGCGGCGACAACUGCCCGAGUACUAUAUCCGGCGGCGCAAUCGCAGGCAUUGUGAUCGGCUCGAUCGCAGGCACACUUCUCAUCCUCUGGUUGUGGCGUGUCUUCAGCCUACCAGGAGCGUGGAGCGGUGGCGACCAGCCGGAUGUCGGAUACCGACCGCCCAUUACUCGCAGUAGUACGAGUAGUCGCGGUCGGAGAAAGCGUCGGCGUCCUUCCGGGACUUAUGUCGACUAUGUUGAGAAGCCGACUAGUACACGGCGGUAUCGAGAUCGGGAUGAUUUGCGUCGGCCUGCCAAGGUUUAUUUGACUGAUCCUUGA